GGAAUAUCCCAAAUCUUCCGUCUGCUCGUGUUCUGUCAACGACUUAAAGAAUCUGUAUCAUACUUGCAUAGUCAACCACUUAUAGAGAACAAAGAAAGAACUAUGCUUUCCCCAUGCAUCUGUGCUUCCAAUCCCUUUAACCAGAUGCAGUUUGUGAAACCUUACUCUCACGCCUCACCUCCAACAUCAUUCUCAGGUUGGAAGCCCAAUUGCCUCUACCCCUUUAUUACAUGCAGUAUUAAACGGGAGAAAGGCGUGCAAAGAGGGGUUAAGAUUAGGGAGAAUGUGGAACUGAAAGAGAAGGGCAAGGGCAAGGAUAAUGUGUGGAGUAUUGACAACAAAGUCGCAAAUGCCGAGAAUGAGAAGUUGGCCAGAAAGAAGAAGAGAGGAAAAGAUAGGAGAAUGAUGAGGAACGUUUCGGAGAAGAGUGGAUAUGGACGAAUCACCAUAUCCAGUGCUAUGUUAAUUGAGAUUGAAACAGUGUUACAAACUCAGGAACCUGUCAUUCGGCCCAUAUGGAAUACAUUUGCAAGUAGUGUUAGUGGCAUAUGGAAGGGAGUGGGAGCAGUCUUCUCUCCAGUGACUGCAGAAAUUGAGCCAAUUGAAGUGGGUGACAAGAAUGAGAACCUCUUUGACUGUUAUACCCUUACUCGUGUUGAAGCUUUUCCUUCAUCAGCUGAGGAUGGUCAAACUUCCCACAUCCAGAGGACAGUCAAUUGGGUAUCGCUGAAUCCCUAUGGUGAAAUUCCAGAGUUGGAUGGAGAAAGACCUUUGGGUAUGAGGAGGAUGACAGAAGAAACUCUUAAAAACAACAAGCUGCCAAAGUUUGAAUCUUUUGACUUUGGAAAGAGUGACGUGAUGGAGGAGGAUAUAAUGGGAAUGGAACCUGGUCUUCUAUUCUUUGAGGAUGGAUCUUACUCGAGAGGGCCAGUAGAUAUUCCUGUUGGUGAAGUUGACAUGUCAAAUAAUUAUCUUUCCUCAACAUUCAAGUUUGAACAAUGUUUGGUCAAAGGGUGCCAUAAGAGACUCCGCAUGGUUCAUACUAUAGAAUUCAGUAAUGGGGGUUCUGAUAUUCAGAUAUUGAGAGUUGCUGUUUAUGAAGAACAAUGGGUUUGUCCGACCAAUCUUUCUGACCUCAGUGACACGGAGAUGGAAAUGAAGCCAUUUUCACAGAGGAGGAGAGUUCAACCAAGAGAGCUGGCUGGGUCAUGGAAGGUGCUUGAGAUGAGUGCCACACCAGUUUACGGCGAGGGGGAUUGUACAAUUAGCAAUGUUGUGCCGUAUGUAUACCUCUGUACCGAGAAUCUAAAGAAAAGAAGUUUGCCGGAAAGCAUCGUUCACUUUGGGGAGGAAGAGUUGCGAGACAUGCAAGAUGCUACUGUUCUGUGGCUGCCGGGAGGUGUCACCAGCUUUGUUGACGUGAAAGAGGAUGGAAUAUUGUGCAUUGGAGUUGGGUGGUAUUCAGAUGAGGGAAUAAACUUGGUCCUAGAACGGGAUUAUGGAACAGAUGGGAAACUCAAGGAAGUUAGGUGGAAGUCUGAAGUGAAGAGAAGGUGGACUAACCCUCCUCCCAUGUAGUUUGUUAAUAACUUCAUUUCUAGUUGAUCAUUGUAUAUUUCUAUGUUUUUAUGGUUGAUCAUUAUAUGUUUCUUUCUGAGUACUAUACUUGUAGACAAUCACCAACUAAAUCUAUAUUCGAAUAGGAUUAGUUUGGUAUUGAGGUAUUCUGGUAUGGACAAUUCUUGGUGUACAUGACUACAUGUUUAAUGCGAAAAGUGAAAAAAAUUCACUUCUACUUCGCUACGCUGCCAUUUCCAUUCUAAUACUACACUUUUUCAUGGUAAC